GCUAGCUGCAAGCGAGAUCACACGUUCGCUGGAAAACUAGACUCGGUCGUAAAACCACUUGUGUUUAACCCCCAUCGUCCACUCGAGAAGAGCUAUGAAGAUCCGGCACGCGCUCACCCAAUCCGUCACCUUCCUCGUCAUGGUCGUUGCAUUGUUGGUGCUGGUGCCGGAGGGAACGAUGCUAGUGACGGGUGUCAAGACACCCGCUAUGGCGGUUCUGUCGGAAAGUAUGGAGCCUGCAAUUAGAAGGGGCGAUAUGGUGUUUGUGCACAACAUGAGCAAUGAACCUUUCCGCAUAGGAGAGAUCAUUCUUUUCAAAGUUGAUGGCUUUGAACAUCCAGUUGUCCAUCGUGUGAUCAAGGUUCACAAGCACCGGGAUACCGGAGAAAUUCGAAUACUCACCAAAGGAGACAACAAUUCAGUGGACGAUCAGUUUCUCUAUCCAGUUGGGCAGCCCUGGCUUCAGCCGCAUGAUAUUAUUGGACGGGUUGCGAGCUAUCUGCCAUAUGUUGGAUGGCCUAGUGUUUUCAUCAGCGAAGCUUAUAAGAUGUUGCAGAGUGGUGGAAGCACUACAACUCCACAAGUACACUGGGUCACAAUGUAACCGGGGCAGAUUUCUGUGGGUUGCUGUCAAAGUGUCCUGUUCAUAGUCAAGGAAUGCAUCAAGCCAUCGAGGAGUAUGUAAAACACACAUCAUUAUCAUAGUUUCCGCACAGAGUUAAUACAGCUCUCAGCUCUGUCUGUUUUGUCGAAGUCAAUUCAGUACACGGUCGACAUGAUUCUAACACCUUCUUUGGAAGGUAGAUUUUGAUGAAACAUGUAGUUUUUUUUUGCGGGGAGAUGAAACAUGUAGUUACAUGUAUACUUGUUGAGAAUGGAUUGACAUGCAAUUAAGUUUAUCCAUUUUUCAAUAAAAAAAAACACUUUCCCGAUGGACCAAUUGUAUGGAUACGGUGUAGUCCG